AUGUCGUGGUCAAAUAAUCAGAGUAAUACGUUUCAUGAACGCAGAAAUAAAUUAUCCACUUGGGUCAAGAAGAUUAUCCAGCCGAACAAGGAGCACAAGUCGAGUAGUGUGUCAGCGCCAGCUCCAACUAACGGAACUUUAGCUGUAACUUCGGUUUCUACUGCGGAGUCAUCGCCUGCCGGUACCGCUGCCGCUGAUAGGUCAUCAGCCACUCUACGUGCUCAUGGAACUCAUAAGACCCAAAGGUCGAAGACACGCCAGGUUCCCGAAGAAGAGGUACGACAUCCAGUCCCACCGUGCACAUUACGACAGUAUAUUGUACAGAAACCUGCUUUACUUGGCACUUUCGAAGCUCUGGGUAGCAAGGGUUCCCAAAGUACCACUUUUACUAAUACAUACCCUUCAAGCAUUACCAGUAAGCGUAACUCCCAUACUAUAUCUAACCACAGCCAGCCACAAGGUAGCUACUCACAAAACAAAGUUGAAUUCGAGCAUGCAAAUGACAAUGCCAGCACUGUACCACUAGUCUCGGUCUGUUCAUCUUCAAUGAAGUCUACAACUUUCUCAGAUGUACAUUCAGCACAAUCUACUAGGGCUACGGUUUUUUCAAAUAAGACUUUUGAUACCAAUUCCAGUACUGUAGGAAUACCUCCUGCUAGCAUCGUAGACCGUGGAAGGCAGGCUAUGGAAGCGCCCAGUGUUUUAAGUGUCGGAUCUUCACACACUACUGCUCAACCACCGCCUGUAAGAAACGCUAGUCUAAGGGCGAAUAGCAUCAAUAAUUCAAUGAGUCACGCAAGUAUCUCAACAAUCAUGGACUAUUGA